GUGCAAUCUGUAGAAGCCACCUUUCAAGCGCUCUGCCAAGGGCCAACUCUAUCAAACUGGCAACUUGAAAUCAAGUCGUUGUCCGACUGGAUCAGAAUAGUCUGUUCUCUUCCCCCCAAGCAUACUCUAUAGCAUAUAUAUGACGGCCUGUCCUGGAUCAUGAACACGACGUUCAACUCCGCUCUCAAGCAGAGCUCGACUAUCCGCAAAGAGCUCUCCGCCCUCGCCAACCCCUCCUAUUCCGAUGCCUCCUCAACACCGCCCCCGGCCCUCACCCCCGCGGCCCUCGGCUCCCUCUCGGCCAGCCUGACGUCCUUCGCCCGGACGCUCGACGAGUACAACCAGCUCGCCAAGCAGGAGCUCAACCCGGCAAAGCAGGAGAAGGCCCACGAGCGCAUCGCCGGGUUCCGCACGGAGCUGCAGGAAUACCGGACGCAGGUCGCCGGGCUGAAGGCGGCGCGCGACGACGCCGUCCAGACCCAGAGCCGCGCCGAGCUCCUGGGCCGCAGGCCGUUUGUGAGCAGCACGCCUGAGAACCCGUACGCCAACGCCGCCGCGGCGGGUGGCGCGGGAUCGCCCGGCUACGGAAUCCCCGGCGCGUCGGGCCAGCCGGGUGGUGGUGGUGGUGGCGGGGGUGGGGGAUACGGCGUGAGCUCGGGCGGCGUGGAGGCCGUCAGUCAGGAGGCGUACAGGUUGCGGGAGACACAUUCUGCGCUUGAUGAAUACAUUUCGAGGGGGAGGGAGGUCUUGGGCGACCUGGGAAGUCAGCGGGAGACCCUGAAGAACAGCCAGAAGCGGCUCUAUUCGGUAGCGAACACCCUAGGCCUGUCGGGGCAAACCAUACGCAUGGUUGAGAGGAGGGCGCGGCAAGACAAGUUGAUAUUCGGGAUAGGUGUCGUCGCCUUUUUCGGGUUUUGCUGGCUGGUAUUACACUACCUUCGAUGA